UAAAUGAUUAAAGAAGCGGACAGGUGCGCUUUCAGGGUUCAUCCAACAAGCUGCUCAGAGUUUUUUUUGGGCUGUUUUGGUUACGACUGACAAUUCAAACAUGAAGAAAGAAGAAUUUGACACGUUUUAAGUGGAGUUUUGUUGAUUUUUGUCAGCAGUGGGCCAGAAAAGGAGAACCCACUGAGUUUGGUAUUAGCAGGGCUGAGCUUUGAGCCAGACCCUGGGUCGCUCACAAACACUGGAGUAAGUUUCUGAAAGUGAAGAGAAAAAAAGACUUUGUACCAAAAUGGACAAUAUUCUGAAUAAUCUCUCAACUGAAUUUGUCAGCAUUUGUGUUCGAGAUCCAAGGCUUCAUGCGGAUGAUCUAUGGCACACACAUGUUGACUAUGAGAUCUGCUUGCAUACUAAYAGUAUGUGUUUCCGUAAGAAGACUUCCUGUGUGAGGCGGCGUUACAGUGAAUUUGUUUGGCUACGCMACUGUUUGGAGCGAAACGCUCUGAUCAUACAAUUGCCCAAACUUCCACCUUGGAACCCCUUUUUUAGUGUAAAGAAAACUGAGCACGUCAACCAGAGGAUGAAAGGCAUGCAGGAGUUUUUAGAAAAUGUUCUGCAGAAUCCCUUAUUGUUAUCUGACAGUCGGCUCCAUCUGUUCCUUCAGUCGAACCUCAGCAUUGCAAAAAUGGAAAGAUGUGCUCUUGGCAAGACCAGGUACACGGUAGCGGAGGCCAUUCAGUGCUCCAGCUGUGGUUAUAUCAGUAGUUUGGAGGACAAGACUUCCUGUGACUCAGACUGUGAAAGCUCUGCAUCCUCAGGCCUGGGGCUUAGUUUCGACACUGCUAGUAUUGACACUACUAUGCAAGAGAGUCCUAUUUCCUUCUGCCAUUCUCCUUAACCAAAAAAAAAAAAAAAAAAAAAGUAGCAUCCAUCUUUAAUUGUGCCCACAUUUCCUCUGAACACGAUCAUGGAUCUCCUGUAGCAACCUUUUUUUGUCUGAAAGUCUGAAUUCUUACUGCGCUUCCUGAAAGCUAAAUGUUGUUUUCAUGACUUAAAUCUUCCACUUGGACACUAAUUU